AUGAGCGAUCCUCCACGCGAUGGGAGUGCCAAGGGGAAGCACAAGUUGUCGGACAGUGCGGCGGACUCGGACCUCUCUGACAGUUGGUACCCGAGGGAACAAAGUCGUGAUCAUCGAGGUGAUCCGUCGUCGCUCGCCUCGCGCAUCCAGGCUUCGGCUUCCUCAUUGCUACAUCCAGAAGCUCUCGCAAGAGGGCUGCCGGACCGCGCGGAAGGUUCCUCGUCUGACAAAGUGGAAGCUACUUCGUCGACUUUAACCUCGCUACACAAGGGAGAGACAUCGUUUGCCCGAAGCGGCUCUAGCCGUGCCAAUGAAGCCACGCUUAGCGAGGUAUCGACGCUUGGUUCCACUGCUGGGCUCGGGCAGUAUGUCCGCUUUCUCGGAGCCCAGGGGAAGGCGCCCUGGGUCCGUCCGUCACCUAGUAGUCUAACUACGGCCGCAUCCGCCCAGAACGCCAAUAACACUGGCGCUCAAAAGCCCACUACUCACUCUGAUUUUGCCCAGCAGAUAGCCCGCGACGGAGCCCAGGUUGCCGAGUUACUCGCAUCACCCGAUCCGGAGGAUGCAGGCGGAGACGCGGACGAUGUUUCCACUGCCCUUUCUCCCCAGGAAGUGACGGAUUUGAGAAGGGCUUUUUUUGGUGCAAAUUCUGUGGACUCCACAGAGGGAACCCGCCUGACAUCAGAUUGGCACACUCUGCUCAACUUCCAGCCUGAUUUUCUUCUAGAAGAUCGGAGCGACUCGAUUUACGCUCACUUUGGUGUCCGUACUGUGGCAGAAGCUGACGCUCUCUGGCUAGAUAAGUGGAAGGUCGUACUCACCAACUACAACGAUGAGGUGUGGGGGGCCCUGGAGCCUCUUGCCCAAGAAGCUCGGAAAGAGCUCGGAAAGGCAGGGAAUGAACAACCCGGCAGGAAGGCUCUCAGCAGACUCCGGCAGAUCUUGGCACACAUUAGAGAUUCGAAGUGA